AUGGGGCAGGGGAAACAGCUGCAUCAGCUAAGGCAGGGGCGGAUUUCGGUCUCGGCCACAGACCUGAACAUCAUUCAGUCAGUUAAGAUUUAUUGGGCGCCCACCGUGCGCAAAACAGGUGCUGCCUGCCACUUCCUCCCACCCCCAGCGUUCUGGGGCAGGAGGGAAAGUGGGGAAAGAAAAGGCAAAGAGGAUGCGGAGGGUGGGAGAUGGGCACCCUCCGCUCUUCCGCCUCGCCCCACCACCCGCGCUGGCGGCUCUCCUCAGCCUCGCCAUCACCCCCAAACCCGCUUUAAACUCCCGCCCCCUCUUAACAGCGACCAAUGCCUGGCCGAGGAGCCCGCAGGAGGUUGCGGAUUGGCCGGCGCCGCGGUUGCCGAGGUGACGGGUGGGUCCUGUGGGGUCCCGGAGCCCGCGGGGGCGAGGGGUGCUGGGCGAUUUCCGCCCAGGCCGGCGUCCUGCUGCGGCGGGAGGGCGGCGAGAAGGGGCGGCACCCGCGCGCCCCCCGCCCCCCUCUCCGGCGUCCCCCUCCGGGCCCGCCCGCCCUCUCUCUGUGUCUCGGUUUCUGCCCCACGGACCUGCCGCCUCGAGCUCCGGAGUGCGGCUUCCCGGGCUGGCGGCGCGAUGGGCUGCGGGAACUCCACCGCCACCAGCGCCGGCGCUGGCCGAGGUCCUGCAGGAGCAGCUAACGAUGUAACAGAAGAAUCAAUAACAGAAGAUGACAAGAGGAGAAACUAUGGAGGGGUCUAUGUUGGCCUACCAUCUGAAGCUGUCAAUAUAGUGACCAGCCAAACAAAGACUGUACGGAAAAAUUAGAAGAAAAUAUAUGUUGACUCAGUAAUCAAGAGCUUACUCAUCAAGAUUUAGAAGGAAUUUGGCUCUGCAGGACAUACACAGGCAUUUCCAAGGAAAUUCUAAACAGUCAAGCCUCCCUCCUUCAAAAAACAAAAAAGUUUAGGUGUAUAGUUAAAACCAUGGGCACAUGUAUAAUGUUGGGGUAAGAGAAGGGAAUUGAGUAGACAGUAUAUUCAUUUAUAGAACUUUCCAUUGUUGACAUUUGAAAGACAAGUUAACAAACUGUCUUGGAGGCUGUCUUUGCCCAGCCUGGUUUGCUGGACUCCAGCAGUGUUUUCUCCUGGCCAUUCAACACAGUUCAUGGAGAUCAUGCCUUUUCACUGAAUCUUUUUUGAUAGUUUUUAUACAUAACAAAACCCUUAUUCUAUUUAUAACUUAAGAUGAUAAGGGACUAUAAAUGAAUUACCCAUAUAAAGUAAUAUAUUUGUUAUCUUUCACUAUUUCUACUUAUUAAUUUCUAGCUGUAAAACCAUUAAAUUGAUUCUUAUUGUGGUUGCUUUCCCUUUUUUUCUAUUUGAUUUUGGCUCUAUUUAAAUGUCAGAAAAUUUUCUUUACUAGGAAUAAUGAAUUACAUUGUAACAUUUCAAAAUAAGCUACUUAAAUUUGCAUGUCAUUUGCACAUUUUAAUUAAAUUCCUAUUUUCUUAAAGGCUUAUGUAAGUAUAGAUACUUCCUAGUCAUUGAAUCUCCCACCCGACCUUUGUAUAAUCAUGACAUCUCUUCGUGUUAAUUCUAUGCUGUUUUCAAGGAUUCAUGCUGGAUGGUUAGUGGAAUAUUUGGAAAAAUCUUUAUUUGUUGUGGACUGUGUGUCUCUACUUAGUACUACAAUGUAAAUUACUUGAUUUACCAAUGUAUUUCCACAAUUAAAACAUUUUUAUCCCUCUUUA